UUCGAUCCUUUGAAAUGACUGGAGUUGGCCUGAUCAGUUCUUGGUCUGAGGUAGAUAACUUCCAGAAAAGCAAUAAUGUCACUCAACUAUUCGAUGAGGAUCCGGAGAUGUUCGAUGGAUCAAGCCUCUUCCCCCAUUUUUGUAGUCUUUGGAAAAAUUCCCAAACAGCUUUAUCUGAGAUCCCUAUUCAGUAUGGUAAUGCAUGCCACAAGAUUGCUCGUAGGCUGCCCAGUACGUUUACCAAAAUGUCUCAUCGUAAAGGAUUGCCUAAUGUUCGCAAUAUUACAGAAAUGAUUAAUCUUGAAAGAAACACAUGGAAUCUUAUUUCAAGUAUUUACUUAGACCGUUUUGAGUCGGAAUCUAGGACCGGGACGGUUGAAGGAAAUGAUUUAUCUAAUUUUAAUCACUCCGAACGGGAAAUAAUUCGAUUACUAUACGAAAGAGAUAACGAACUUCGUGAAGCUCAGAUAUUAAUUGAUUGGUUAGAACAAAUAGUUCGUGAGCAGAUCGAAGAAGUUGCUGAGAAAUAUGAAUGUUUAUUCAAUCAGACAACUGCUUGGGAGAAUACGGCACAUUUAUUGAGUUAUCUUUCACAAGCGGAGCUUACUAAACAUCGUUUGGUAAAAGAAUUGCAUCCGGAUGCUGUAACCCUAACAGGCAAUGAAUUAGAUCAAAAAGAUCAAAUCGAUAAUGAUCGAUUUAUAAAUUAUUUAUUCCUAUGUCUUCGUGGUGGUGAUCUUCAUCGUGCUCAACUUCUUUGUACACAACGUGGUGAAUUUUGGCGUGCUAUUUCACUUGAAGGUUGGCGACCAUUUCAUUAUUCUGGUUUUGUGGAAAGUGAAUCAACUCAAUUUCAAACAUUAAAAGAUACAGAUGAAAAUUUUACUCAUUCAAAAUCAUUACAAAUGAAAUUUAAUAUUGAAGGGAAUCCGAUGAGAAUUUUAUACAAAUCUGUAUGUUGGUGGAAUUCAGAGAAUAUAAAAUUACGUUCAUUUGAACGGGCUAUUUAUGCUACAUUAUCAGGAAAUUUAAAUGUGCUAUCACAAAUUUUACCAACUUCAUGGACAGAUCAAACAUGGGCACAUUGUCGUGCUUUAGUUGAAGCUCGUGUAGAUUCUAGUCUACGUAGCCUAUUGAAUACUGGCCCUAGGGCUGAUACACUGGCUGUUACCGGGAAAACAUUUAAAUACUGGCCUCUGGAUGGAGGUUUAAGCUUGCCUGAAUCAGCUUGGACACCAGGUGAUUGGACAUUAUCCGAUGUAUUUGCACGUGUCGAUGCACGUUUAGGUUGGUCUGCUAUUGGAUGUUUAGAAAAAUGUAAUAAUCUACGCAUGAGAUCAGUAUUGCGUUCUGCAAUGAAUGAUUUCUUAAUGGAUGAUACUUCAUAUUUGUACACAAAUGAUGAUAUUGGUGGCAGUGGUGUCGGUGGGAAUGACAUGGAAUCACCUUCUGUAUAUGCUAUUAUUUAUUGCAUUUUCUAUGCUGUACAACAGACUAUCAUGUUAAAGAAUUAUGAUUCUUUUCUCCUAACUUUAGCCAAUCUUAUGCCAAAACUUGUGUGUUAUGGUUUAGGCGAUGGUAUUGUACCAGAUGUAACUCCAUUACAACCGCCAAAUUUGAAUAGAGUUGGUAAUAUUGAUCAAGUAGUUUGUCACACACUUCGAUUUCUGACUCAUUUUGUCCUGUUUUUAAAAUCAGCAGAUUCUGAUAUACCGGAUGAACCAUAUUCAGAAAUUAUUAAAGCUUAUUUAUGCUUUUUAAUUGUGAAUAAAGAAACCGAUUUAGUUGCAUAUUAUGUUUCUGCAUUACCUAAUGAAUCAUUACAAAUUCAAUGGUAUUCAUGGUUUUUAACAGAAAUCAAUAAUCCAACUGAACGUGAACAUUGUCUAUCAUUAGCUGUUGAUUAUGGUUUUAAUUUAUCUAAAUUAACAAGAUCAAUCGUAAGAUUAUCCAAACAACGCAUUGAAUUAUCAUCUAUCAAUCCAUAUUCUUCUAAUACAUUGAAUUAUAAUUCAAUUAUAUCCAAACAAAAUAACUAUAUUAAGCCAUCAUUUAAUGAAAUGGAAUAUUUCACAAAACUAUUACAUAAUAAUAAUAGUAAUAGUAAUAUUAGUAAUAAUAAACAUGAAAUUGGUAAAUUAACUGAUAUAGAUAAACAACGUAUUAUUGCAAUGGAUUGGUUAUUUUAUAAUCCAGAACAACGUGGUGAAGCUUUAUGCUUAGCAAAUAGUUUAUUAAGAGUUUUUAUUGCAAUGCAUUCAUUUAAAGCAGCUCAACAGGUUCUAUCAAAAUUACCCGUUGGUACAUUAGAACAUGCGAAAAUAAUUUGUGACAAAUUAGGUUCACCUGAUUGGCUUGUGAAUACAAUACGUGAACAUGAAUGUCUUACUUUAUAUUUAGAAAGUCGGGAUGCAUUUGCUGAUUGGUAUCAACAAGUACAUACUAAUCGACCUGUACAACCGUCUUCGUUAACAAAUAAUCAUAAUAAUCUUAUACAUACAACAUAUGGUCCUCGUGGUUUAGCACAACGUCUUGCUAUUGAAGAAUCAAAAAAAGAGUAUUUAGCUCGUCUUGAACGUUGGCGACAUGAUACACGUUUAGAUACAGAGGCAGCAGCUGAAAAACUUUUGGCAUUAUUAACAUAUCCUCAUCCUGGUUGGUUAGUUGAUAUAGAACAACAACAACAACUGAAUGUGGAUCCAAAUGAUCGAUUAAAAGAAAUUAAUCAUAAUCAUUAUGAUAAAUUAAUUGAUCGUAAACUAGAAGAUGAUGAUAAUGAAGGUGAAAUACAUGAAAACAAUUAUGAAACAUUAACUGUGAAUAAAGAUGAUUUAUUUGAUGGACUUGGUGAAAAUCCUACUUCACGUCAAUUACAAAUGAAUGUGUUACGAGAGACAUGUAUUACAGAGACAGUAUUUCUUAUUGUUCGUUUAUAUCAAACUGCUGGAUUACAUCAAAAAUGUAUUGAAUUAUCUAAUUUAAUUGUAGAUAAUGAAUAUGGUUUAUUCAAGUUGUUCUCUGGACCUCAGCUUCAAAAUCUUCUACAUCAUAUCUCUGAAUCAAUUCAAUAUUUAAUUGAUAAUGAACAAGAUCCAUUGGGUUAUAUUUGUAGUUUAACGGAGGUAACCAAUGCUGGUUGGAGUUUGUCACAAAAAACAUUUACAGAAUAUUUAAAGAAAACAGAACAUGAAAAUUAUGAUGAGUUGAUUACUCUAUUAUUGAAUUCGGAUAUUCGUGAAUAUGGUUCACCAUGGCUAGGAGAUUUGAAAAAGGCUAGUCAUCUUGAAGCAAAUGGUCGAAUUGUUCAGCUUACUGGAUUACGUAAUAUUAGUAUACCACAGGCUACAGAAGAUCUCAUGUUAAAUAAUUCAUCUGAUCACCGUGGACCAUGUUUAUUACGAUUUACUUUCACUGAUGGUCGUAAUCAAAUAUUGGGUUUAGAUAUGCAGAAUAAAUCAGAUUUGAAUAUGGAUAUUCCACCUGGAACAAAAUUUCGUCUAAUUGGUUCCAUUCCAUUAGUAAUGGGGUUUUUAUUAUUAUCUAAAAAGCAUAUUGUAGUACUUGGUGGAACUGUUAACAAUUUAAUACGGGAAUGGAAUAUGACUAAGUUUCUUAAAGGAACAGAUAAUCGUCUGAUCGGUAGUGGUGCUCCAAUGUUUGUACCGUUUGGUAGUCGUGAAGCUUCUUGCCUUAUUCAGACAGAAGGGAAAUUUCUUAAUCAAUUACGAUCGGAUCGAGAGCGUAAUCAAAUGAAAUUUGAUUCAUUUCAAAUGAUUACAACUAAUCGUAAUGAAGAUCAAGUAGAAAGUGAAUUACAAACCUUAUUCAAUGAACAUCGUAAAGAAGUAUUAGCUGAAUUGAAAUCAUCAACAAGUUUAUGUAAACGUUUAUCAUCUGAUAAUCAUAUUAAUGGUAAUGAUAUUACUAACAAUGUCAAUAAUACAAAUGAUCAUCAAAGAAUAUUUUCUGGCAAUAAAUCACGACGAUUUCGACCAGGUUUAUCAAGAUUUUAUGAACUUCAAUCACAAAAAACUAUGGAAUAUGAUAUAUCUAUAGCCAAAUUAUUAUCAUUAGGUUAUUCUUAUCAAAUAGCAAAUCGUGCAUUAAAAGAUAAUCAUCAUAAUUAUCAAGCUACAUUAGAUUGUUUAUUAUCUAAAUCUACUACCAUGAUGCAUAUUGAAGAUAAUUCAAUAAUAAAUAAUCAUUCUAUAAAUAAUACAUCAUAUGGAAUUCAUUCACGUGGUAUAAAUGUUAAGAGUAAUCGUAGUAGUCGUGGAUAUGAACGUGGUCAUCGUGGCAGUAGUCGAUAUGAUUCUGAUGGAUAUGGAUUUAAUUCUAAUCGAUUUCAAUCUUCUAUUGGAACUACAAAUGAUCAGCAUACAUUAUUGAUCCGACCAUCAACAGGACUGAUUCGAUUAGAUGAUUUAAUUGUUGAUACAAAACCAAUAACAACAACAACAACAACAUCAUCAUCAUCAUCAACUAUUAUAUCAAAAACUUGUAUUCUACCAGUUGGUUGUCCAAUUCUAGCACAAAAUAUAUCUGGUGAUUAUGAAGAAGCUCAAUUAAUUGGUCAUUUCUCUUCACAACAAUUUAAUAAAACAUUUAAUAGUAACAAUAUUAUUAUUGAUGAUAAAAGUUCCGGAGAGAAAGUUGUACUUGUUGUUUAUCAUCAUCAACAUAAAAAUAAUCCUGAAAUAAUUGUAGAUGAAGAAGAAAUUGUACCAAUCAGUUUGAUAAGAACAUUAAAUAAAGAAAAGAUUACUAUAGAUAUGGUGCCUCCUGCACCAUUAGAUAGAAUACUACCAUAUUGUAGUCAAUCACAAUCUGAAUAUACAGAUAUUAAUCGAUAUGAUGAAAUACCUUCUACUGAUUGUGGAUAUACAAGUCGACCCUAUCAAUCUAAUAGAGGACGCAGAGGUAUUGGUGGUGGUAGUCGUAAUCAUAAAGUAUUCCGUGCUGGAAGAGGCAGUGGUGGUAGACGUUCACGUGGUAGAAAUAAUCACUUCUAA